AAGCAGAUAGAACAUGCUAAUUAAUUGGCAUUCCUAUCGGAAGUUGGAUAUUUGUGGAAGUCUUUAUGUUAUGAUGUUUAAGUUUAAGGCAAAUUUAUAUUCUGCUUUCAAUUAAGUGUUAAGGAUCGAGGUUAUAUUUGAUGUUCUUUCACUUGGAAAAUUCCUUUUUCGUAGUAUAAUGUAUCCUGCAUAGCUGAAUCAGGUGUUUAUUUCAGUUAUACGCUAGAUUGCGUAAUGACAUUGGUUUUUAUACAAUGUAUAAUUAUGAACAAAUACAUGCAUAUUGAAUAUGUAUGUGAACAAUGUCACUGAACUGUUUGAAUCUGUAAUGUAAUUGAUUUAUCACUGCCUUUUUUCUGUAUCUUUACAGGGUUUUUUGUUUACGACACGGAAUAAACCUUGUAGACCUUAAUCUGCUGUCUAUGUCUCAUCAUUGAUACUAUCCGGCCCCUAGCAAGGUCCAACCCCCACCCACGACACCAAGAUGAGAGCAGAUGAGCAUAUGGGCAAAUUAAGAAUUUUUUUAUGUGACUAUAUGGUUCUCUUGUUAAUUCACAAUUUUUAGACGUUGAUUAAUUUGCCUCAUCAUUGAAGGAACAUUGCCAAUACUCGAUAGUAUUCUCAAAGCUGAGUGCAGAUCGAUGGCCAGAUGAGAAACGAACAAAAGGAAAUAGAUGUAUGAUGUAGCUCAGAAUGUCCAUGUCAUGAUGAUUACGAUUAGACUCUACGUCAAUUUAGACUUUACAGAGAGAUGAAGCAGAAUUAAAUAAGAGUUAAGGAGUGGGAGACACCAUGGAGGAUAAUUGUAUCGUGAUUUAUGAUAGUGAGGAUGAGGGAUCCCCUUUAACUGAAUCCAAAAGGGACAGCGUAUCCUCAGACACUGGCUGUGUCGACCCUCAAGAUAUUCCCUCAAACUCGGCCAAGGAUUUGCAGGAUAAUGCCUCAAACUCUGAUUCAGAUUUACCAGAUAUUUGGGGCAGUGACAACGAAAGCCAUAAGGAUGAUGAUGUCGGCAGAGAUUUGCCAUCCACAAGCACUGGGAGGGUCACAGCGUCACGAUGUGGGAAAAGGCAUAUUGCAAUAAAGCAGGAAUAUACCUCACUGCCACCAGCGGGGAAAGGUAGUGCAGUUGAUUCUGAGUCUGAAGUUGAGGAAGAGGAACAAUUCGGUGGUAUUGGAGAGAACAGUUCUGAUGGUGAUUAUAAUGAUGAAGAACAGUUUCAAAAUCAAAUACAUCAGAAUGAGACAGGAAAUAUUAGUGGAGAGGUUAGUGAUCAUGGUGAUGCAAGUGACAGCAGUGGCGACGUAAUGACCCUGGGAGUUUUUUUGAAGGAAUCUCAGUCUUACAGUCAAGUAGAGCCUGUAGAAUGCAAGUUUGAGGAUAGGCCUUGGGACUUACAUGUAGAAGACUGCGGCAGCCCAGAUGCUGUUCAAUCUCGGGAGUCACCGUUGCCUCCGGUUUCAUCACCCGGAUCGGCCAGUUCCAUUCCAUCUCGAGAAUCGCCGUUGCCUCAGGUUUCAUCACCCGUAUCGGCCAGUUCCGUUCCAUCUCAGGAAUCGCCGCUGCCUCAGGUUUCAUCACCCGUAUCGGCCAGUUCCAUUCCAUCUCGAGAAUCGCCGUUGCCUCAGGUUUCAUCACCCGUAUCGGCCAGUUCCGUUCCAUCUCGGGAAUCGCCGCUGCCUCAGGUUUCAUCACCCGUAUCGGCCAGUUCCGUUCCGUCUCGGGAAUCGCCGUUGCCUCAGGUUUCAUCACCCGGAUCAGCCAGUUCCAUUCCGUCUCGGGAAUCGCCGUUGCCUCGGGUUUCAUCACCCGGAUCGGCCAGUUCCGUUCCGUCUCGGGAAUCGCCGUUGCCUCGGGUUUCAUCACCAGGAUCGGCCAGUUCCGUUCCGUCUCGGGAAACGCCGUUGCCUCAGGUUUCAUCACCCGGAUCGGCCAGUUCCGUUCCGUCUCGGGAAUCGCCGUUGCCUCAGGAUCACAUUUCAUCAGGUGUUGUCAGAUCCAGCGACUGUGAAGCUGAUGAUGCCGUUAAUUCAGACGCCUCAUCUACAAGUGGCACAGGUCUUCAUCCUCCAGGUGGUCCAUUUCCCCAAUUUCUUUUGCAUCAAGCCCUUGACGACGAUAGAAUGGAACUUAAGCUCCACAGACUUCCUUUACCCCCAGGCUGCUUGUCAGAUGAUGGCGAAGAUGAAAUCGAAGAUGAAAUCAAGUCGGAUUCCUCUCCAGAACCUGGGGAUAAAAGGCCAAAGAAGAACCAAUCGGCCAUCAGAAAAAGCCGUAGAAAACCUCAAAGUAGAAAUGAUAGAUCAUCUACAGAUGAAGAAGAUGAAAUCAAGUCGGAUUCUUGUUCAGAACCUGUGGAUAAAAGGCCAGAGAAGAACCAAUCAGCCAUCAGAAAAAGCCGUAGAAAACCUCACAGUAGAAAUGAUAGAUCAUCCACAGAUGAAGAAGAUGAAAUCAAGUCGGAUUCUUGUCCAGAACCUGUGGAUAAAAGGCCAAAGAAGAACCAAUCGGCCAUCAGAAAAAGCAGUAGAAAACGUCACAGUAGAACUGAUAGAUCAUCCACAGAUGAAGAAAACCAGACAUCCUGCGACAAUGUACAGAAGAAGGCAGAGUGUGGUGAACAGUCUGCUGCCAGAAGAAAGCGUAAGGUGAAAGGUAAAAAGAGAUGCAGGGAUAGGAGAGGUCACAAGAAGACAAGGGGUGGCAAAAGUCGUUCCUUGAGUAAUGCUGGUUCAUUACAGGAUCCUGAAUCUAAUCAAGAUUCAACAAAUGAGGAUUGCUUGCAGCAAGGACAGGGUCCAGAGCAAUCUGGAAACAAGGACAGGUUGCCUCCUACAAAUCCAACUCCCAUGUUGAAUGGAGGUACAGAAGAAGAGCCUAUGGAUACUGCCAGCGAUGAAGAUAUGAAUAAAUUAAGAAGACGCCUUGUAAUCAGAAAAGUUCCAGUGGUGUCCAAGAGUGAGACAGACUCUGAUGAAACAUGUAUUGAAGAUGAUGACUUAGAUCCAUCGUCCAGUCAAGCUGGCGGUAUCAAGUCAGAACACCCCAACUCAGAUGAAACCAUGAUUGACAGUAAUGAUGGAGAUGAUCCUGGCUGCACUGAAAAUAUGACAAGCGAUGCAGUGGAUGAGGUGGUCCAUAAUACAACAACUGAGUAUUUUGAUACACAGCCCUUCUCGCCUAUUCUUCAUAACGAAACUGAAGAUUCAUUAAGUGAUGCAGAUGAAGAGUUGCAUACCUCUGAGACGAUCGUUUCAAGAGAUUCUCCAUCAUACUUGUUGGGGGAUAAGGAACAUGAUGGUAGAGAAGCUGCUGACCUAGAACCUAACUCUCACGUAAGCUGUCAAAGCCCUGAUGAAGAAAUCCAUCAACCUCAAAGGGAUGACGCAGGUUUAGAACCUUCCUCAAGCCACAGAAGUAAUGGUGUUAAUCGGCCAAGUUUGCAAAGAGAGGAUGACUCUCCUGGACAAUAUUUUCCCACAGAUUCCCAGUUAAGUAUUAGUCUCGACAUUGAGGAUACUGAAGAACUUACCACUCUUGAAGAUGAUUCUCAAGAUCAGUAUUUCCCCACAGAUUCCCAGUUAAGUAUUAGCCUCGACGAUGUGGAUACUGAAGAACUUACCACUCUCGAGGACAAAGGACAGUAUUUUCCCACAGAUUCUCAGUUGAGUAUCAACCUGGAGAAUGAAGACACUAUGUCCAUUCCUUCCAAAGCCCACUCAACCAGAGGAGCUUCAAAGAACCUUGAUAAGGACUCUGGAAAGAAACUUCUUCCUUGCCAACGAAAUGCAUGGUGUCCCUCAGAGUUGGAUCCACAAGAAAGAUUCUUGUUGCUACAAGAGGGAGAUUCAGAACAUGUGUCUUCUUUCUCGCAAGAAACUCUAUUUACGCCUUCCUCUCCCGGUGAGGCCCCAAGCACAUCUACAGCAUCACCUGGCUACUUACUUGCAACUUCAAAUGAACAACAUAUACCUAAAAAGAAUAAAAACUUCCAAAGACCCUCAAGAGCGGAUAAAUUACUGACAACUAUGAAAGAAAGUGAUCAACAAAAGGAGAAGAAUGAUACCAAGAGGACCGACUCUCUACAGGACAUUCCUGACACUCCAUCUAAUACACCCAGCUUAAGUUCCAAGGAACCUUCAGAAAGCCCUUCUACAUCCAUGAUCCGUUCCUUGCAGGAUUGCCUCCAGCAACCUGCAUCUUUGAACUCAAAUGAGAUGGGUUUGGAGGAAAGACUACCUGCAGAUUCAAGAAGUUUGUCACAUGGUCAUUCAUCUAUUCCAAGUGUUUCCUUUCCUUCAACAAGUUCGUACUCCGGUAACAUCUCUGAAUCCUCAAGGACUCUUAACGGUGGUCAUUCUGCCUCUUCAGGCACCUCUGAAACACCCAGUACCAAACCAGACAGGUUAAAACCUACUGGAGAUGAUAGAUCUGCUUGUCCAAGUGACCCUCCAGACCCAUCAUUGGUGGCAUCGGACAUGAGCAAACCUCUAAAGAAGAGACGCCACUCGCAGACAUCAAGUGUUCCGUCAGGAAACCAAGGGACAGAACCUUCCAAGGUUAAUCAGGUCACCAAUGAAUUCAAGCAAGAGGAUGCAUUAGCUUGCGUACUCUCCUGGGACACUGGCUGGUUUGAAAAGCACAAAGAAGGUAUUGGCUUUUGA